AUGGCUCCACUCACCGGCCCUUUUGUGGGGGCAGGGCUGCUUUCUCCCAAAGACUGGCUGGCCGUGAAGCUCGUGGGAGGAUCAGGACGGUGCUCUGGGUGUGUGGAGGUAUAUUACGAAGGUGUGUGGUGCACCGUCUGUGACGACCUGUGGGACGAGAAGGAAGCCCAGGGGGUGUGCUGGCAGCUGGGCUGCGGGAAGGCCGUGUCCGCCCCCGGGAAGGCCCACUUUGGCCAGGGCUCCGGCCCCAUCCUCCUGGACAAUGUGCAGUGCUCAGGCACCGAGCCCUACCUGGAUUGGCCACAGUUGCAACUAGUGAAUGGGUCAAGCCCAUGUUCUGGACGCGUGGAGGUCUUCUACCGUGGCCAGUGGGGCAGGGUCUGUGACGACCACUGGGACAUGAAUGAGGCGGACGUGGUGUGCCGCCAGCUGCGGUGCGGGCGUGCCCUCUCAGCCCCUGUUGAGGCUCUUUUUGGUGAAGGUGACGGCAAGUUUCUGCUGGAUGAUGUGGACUGCACAGGAAGAGAGAGCUUCCUGGGACAGUGUCCCCAUACUGACUGGUCCCUGCAUAACUGUGGUCCUGGAGAAGAUGCCAGUGUCAUCUGUUCAGAAGACUGGCCCUCACUGAGGCUGGCGAAUGGCACAGGAAGAUGCUCUGGGCGGGUGGAAGUUUUCUACCAGGGCAGCUGGGGCACAGUGUGUGAUGACGGCUGGAGUCUGCAGGAGGCCCAGGUUGUGUGCAGGCAGCUUGGAUGCGGCCGGGCCGUGUCUUCCCUCCCAGGCGCCCGCUUCGGCCCAGGGUUCGGCAAGAUCCUCCUAGACAAUGUGCACUGCGGCGGGGAGGAAAGCCACCUGGCUCAGUGUGCCCAUGACACCUGGUUCAGUCACAACUGUGGUCACGAGGAAGAUGCCGGAGUCAUCUGCUCAGGUGAAGAGCCUUUUGCGCUCUACGUGGCUAGUGGGCUGCUGGGUUACUGCAGACACACCACCGUUGUCAUCACCGUCACCAUCAUCGAUGCCGUCAUUAUCAACACCACCACCAUUAUCUUUAGCAGGAAGGCUGUCCUCUUCAACCGAGUGCACAGCUUCAAGAGGGACGUAUAUGGAGUGUUCCAUCACUUUGAAAUGCUAUUCGUCACUGGCCGGUGUUUUCUUUUCACAGUAGCUGAUGAAAUAACUGUACCUGACACCACUGGAGAAGAGCAGGCGGCAACAGUUGAUGACUUUUCAGAAUCUUCAGCGGCCAAUGCUCCAGAGACCUUGGCACCUUCACCUGCAGGAGCCUCUAUGGAUGUGAGGCUGGCGAGUGGCACAGGGACAUGCUCAGGCAGAGUGGAGGUCCUGGUCCAGGGGACAUGGGGGACCGUGUGUGACGACUUCUGGGACCUGGCUGAGGCCACAGUCGUGUGCCGCAAGCUGCAGUGUGGCCAGGCCAUGGCAGCUCCCACAGGUGCCCACUUUGGCUUGCUGGACGACUUGCGGUGUGUGGGCAGUGAGGGCCACCUGGGACAGUGUGAGCACAGGGCCCAGGCCAGUCACAACUGUGGGCACCUGAAGGACGCCAGUGUCAUCUGCUCCUCCCCAGGAAGCCGGGUCCCUCUGCGGCUGGUCGGUGGCCAGGGGAGUUGCUCAGGCCGCGUGGAGGUCUUCUAUAAGGGGGUGUGGGGGACGGUGUGUGAUGACCUCUGGGACCUGCCGGAAGCCACCAUCGUCUGCAGGCAGCUGGGGUGCGGCUGGGCCAUCUCAGCCCCAGGCGAGGCCCAUUUUGGGGAAGGUUCUGGAAAGAUCCUGCUGGACAACGUGCACUGUGUAGGUGGCGAGCAGCAGCUGGAGGAGUGCUCCCACGUCGGCUGGUUCUCCCACAACUGUGAGCAUGGGGAAGACGCCGGGGUCAUCUGCUCAGGCACAGAGCACGCAGCUGACGCACUACCAGGUCUCCCGCUGGCUGUCAUGGCAGGGACGAUGGCUACAGAAAAACCUCCAUGUGGCAGAAUCAUCACCAACUCCUCCGGAGCGAUCAGGAACCCACCUCAGAAUGAAAUGCACGACAAUAUAACCUGCGUGUGGGAAGUCAAGGCCAACACGACUGAUCACAUCCUGCUGGCAUUUCCUUACCUCAACCUCGACUGCACCAAUGAGUAUUUUGAUGUCCUGGAUGGGCCUCCUUCCUCCACCAAAUCUCUGGGGAAGACCUGUUCGGGCUCCCACCUCACCUUCGUGUCUUCCUCCAACUCCUUGACUCUCAUCUACUUCCGAAGCUUCAACAACAUUGGGAAGAACUUUGUCGCCUAUUAUUAUUCUGAGCCCAAAGAGGCAGUUUCGAAGACGCCACAUCUAAUCACAAUUCCAACAGCUCCCCCCAAGAUGGUGACGGCAAGACCAGGUAAGCCCUGGGAAUCAUCUUUCCCUCUCGGUUCUUGGAAGUCACUUGGUGUCUCUCUGUCCUUAGGAAACUGGCCAGAGCUGCGGCUGGUGGGCGGCUCAGGCCGGUGCUCAGGUCGCGUGGAGGUCCUCUACCAGGGGGCCUGGGGCACCGUGUGUGAUGACCUCUGGGAUCUGAAUGAAGCCGAGGUGGUGUGCCGGCAGCUGGGCUGCGGUCAGGCCAUGUCCGCCCUGGGGAAGGCCCACUUUGGCCCGGGCUCAGGAGACAUCUUCCUGGACAACCUUCAGUGCGCCGGGGUUGAGCGCUUCCUGGGGCAGUGUGCCCACUCUGGGUGGCUGGAGCACAACUGUGGCCACCACGAGGAUGCCGGUGUCAUCUGCUCAGAAGCUGAAGAGUCACUUAUUACCAAUCCAGGAAACUGGCCAGAGCUGCGGCUGGUGGGCGGCUCAGGCCGGUGCUCAGGUCGCGUGGAGGUCCUCUACCAGGGGGCCUGGGGCACCGUGUGUGAUGACCUCUGGGAUCUGAAUGAAGCCGAGGUGGUGUGCCGGCAGUUGGGCUGCGGUCAGGCUGUGUCCGCCCUGGGGAAGGCCCACUUUGGCCCGGGCUCAGGAGAUAUCUUCCUGGACAACCUUCAGUGCGCCGGGGUUGAGCGCUUCCUGGGGCAGUGCGCCCACUCCGGGUGGCUGGAGCACAACUGUGGCCACCACGAGGAUGCCAGUGUCAUCUGCUCAGGUCUUUCCACAUCUUCUCAAGAGCAAGUAAUAGACACAUGCAAACACAGUGUUCUUGUCAUUUCAGGAGGAAGCAACUCUUGUGGAGGAGUCAUUUCCAGUCUCUCUGGCUCGUUUUCCAGUCCACUGUAUCCAGAAAACUACCCAACAGAUGUCCAGUGUGUUUGGGAAAUCCAUGUGGAUAAAACAUUCCACAUAGAACUCAUGAUUCCAAGUCUCAAGUUGGAGGACAUCCUGGGAUGCCCCUAUGACUCUGUUGAAAUCUUUGAUGGCCCCAGGAUUGCUGCACUCUCCAUGGGGAAGUUCUGUGCCUCUGUUGCUGUGAUGUUUUUCUCCUCCUCUAACAUCAUGACAGUGGUGUUCCGGAGUGACUCUAUGAUCACCAACACUGGCUUCUAUGCUCUGUUCAAUGCAAUGCCACAGGAUGAAAGAGAGCCAGAGGCUGGACCAGAGCUGCGGCUGGUGGGCGGCUCGGGCCGGUGCUCGGGCCGCCUGGAGGUCCUCCACCAGGGCGUCUGGGGCACCGUGUGUGAUGACCUGUGGGAUCUGAACGAAGCCAAGGUUGUGUGCCGGCAGCUGGGCUGCGGUCAGGCCGUCGCCGCCCCUGGGAAGGCCCAGUUUGGCCCAGGCUCUGGAGACAUUCUCCUGGACAACAUUCAGUGCUCAGGAAGCGAGAGCCAUCUGGGCCAGUGCCCCAGCUCUGGCUGGUCAGACCACAACUGUGGCCACCACGAGGACGCCGGGGUCGUCUGCUCAGGAGGAAGUAACGCUUGUGGAGGGGUCGUUUCAAGUCUCUCAGGCUCCUUCUCCAGCCCCUGGUAUCCAGCAAACUACCCCACAGAUGUGGAGUGUGUCUGGGUGGUACACGUGGCAGAGAAGUUCCACAUAGAACUGAAGAUCCCAAGUCUGAAACUGGAGGACAUCUACGGCUGCCCUUACGACUUUGUUGAGGUGUUUGACGGACGUCAAACAGCCUCCCUCUCCAUGGGCAGGUUCUGUGCCGGAUCUGAGCUCACCUUCUUCUCCUCUGCAAACAUCAUCACAAUAGUGUUCAGAAGUGACGCCAUGAUCACCAACACGGGGUUUUAUGCUUUGUACAACACCAUCCGGCAAGAAGAGAGGGAGAGUGGUGUGUCCUUGAGGCUGGUGAACGGCAGUCACAGGUGUGAGGGCCGGGUGGAGGUCUUCUACAACGGCACCUGGGGCACCGUGUGUGAUGACAGCUGGGACCUGGCAGACGCCAGGGUGGUCUGCCAGCAGCUGGACUGUGGAGAUGCCCUGUCAGCCCCGGCUCAGAGCUACUUCGACGGAGGCACUGGCCACAUCAUGCUGGACAACGUGCAGUGCACGGGCCUCGAGGCCAAGGUGUGGCAGUGCAUGCACGAUGGCUGGUUCUCCCACAACUGCGGCCACCAGGAGGAUGCCAGCGUCGUCUGCUCAGAGGUCAGGUCCCUUUCCAAUGGGACAUCUUCGCUGUUUCUUGCAGAUGAGAAUUUCCCCUGUGGUGGUGUACUCACAAAUAGUUCAGGCUACUUCUCUAGCCCGUGGUACCCCAAAAAAUAUCCAACAAAUGUGGUGUGUGCCUGGGACAUACAAGUGGACAGCAGGGCUCACGUCAAGCUGACUUUUGAAGUGGUAAGGAUGGAGAAUUUCUACAGCUGUCCCUAUGACUUCAUUGAAAUCUUCGAUGGUCCACAGAGUGAAUCGUUCUCACUGGGAAGGUUCUGUUCUGGUACAACUCCGAUUUUUACCUCCUCUUCAAAUCGCAUGACUGUGGUGUUCCACAGCGAUGCCAUCAUCACCAACACUGGCUUUUAUGCAUCCUAUGAGUCCUUAGUGGAAGAUGAGAAUGACACUGAUGUGGCGCUCAGGCUGGUCCACGGCAGCCACCUGUGUGAGGGCCGCGUGGAGCUGCACUACAACGGCAGCUGGGGGACGGUGUGUGACGACAGCUGGGACCUGCACGACGCCCAGGUGGUGUGCCGGCAGCUGGGCUGUGGGCAGGCCGUGUCGGCCCCCGGGCGGGCACACUUCCAGCGGGGCCUGGGCCUCAUUGCCUUGGAUGACGUGGAGUGUGCGGGUACCGAGGCCAGGCUGUGGCAGUGCCUGCACAGCGGCUGGUUCUCCCAUAACUGUGGCCACCAUGAGGACGCCGGCGUCAUCUGCUCAGGUGGGCCGGCCCUCAGGGAAGAGAAUGACAACUCCAACUGUAGAGACACGAUGGACUUACUCCCUGCCUUACUCAACACCAUCAACUGCUAUGAACUACCCAGCUUCAGCCUCUACUCCCCAGUCCACAGAGAUGCGGACCUCCACAGUCCCUGGGGAGUCUUUACAUAUGUGGCCACACCUGAUGCUGGAAACGACACAGGUCUGGGGCUACGGCUCGUGAACGGUUCAAGCAGGUGCGAGGGUCGAGUGGAAGUCUACCAUGCCAACACCUGGGGCACAGUGUGUGAUGACAGCUGGUCCAUCGAGGAUGCCCAUGUGGUCUGCAGGCAGCUGGGCUGUGGCCCGGCCGUGUCUGCCCUCCCGGGGAGCAGCUUCAGCCCUGGGUCGCGCACCAUCUUGCUGGAUGAAGUCAACUGCACAGGAAGCGAGUCCUCCCUGGAGCAGUGCUCCCACGGUGACUGGUUCAGCCACAACUGCAGGCACCAGGAAGAUGCAGGUGUGGUGUGCUCAGAUCUGCCCAUGGUGAGGCUGGCGGAUGGCAGGAGCAGGUGCGAAGGCCGGGUGGAGGUCCAGCUCGGCAGCACCUGGGGCACCGUGUGUGAUGACCUCUGGGACCUGCCCGCCGCCCAGGUGGUGUGCCGGCAGCUGGGCUGUGGGGUGGCCACAGCAGCCCCCAGGAGCAGCCUGUUUGGGGACGGCUCUGGCCCCAUCUUCCUGGACGAUGUGAGGUGCACGGGCAACGAGACCAGCCUGGGGCAGUGCCACCACCUCGGCCUGUCCAUCCACAACUGUGGACACCACGAAGAUGCCGGGGCUGUCUGCUCAGGGGCAGGUGGUUCCCAGGCGCCAUCUGGUUUGGACUCAUCUUCCGCAGACUUGCCUGGCGUCAGACUGGUGGACGGAAGGAACCGCUGUGAGGGGCGCGUGGAGGUGUCCCACAAUGGCACGUGGGGGACGGUGUGUGACGACCUCUGGGGCAUCCCCGCUGCCCGCGUGGUGUGUCGCCAGCUGGACUGCGGGGAGGCCGCGGGUGCCCCAGGGAACAGCCACUUUGGGGAGGGCGUGGGCAGCAUCUUCCUGGACGACGUGCAGUGUCGGGGCGACGAGAGCAGCCUGGGCCAGUGCAGGCACCAGGGUCUGUCCAUCCACAACUGCGGCCACCACGAGGACGCCGGUGUCAUCUGCUCAGCCUCAGCCACAGGAAAGACCGUGACAUCUGCUCCACCUCCUGCCUUGCUCUUCUGCUUCCUAACACACUUUCUGCAAACCAAACCUUCCCUUUUCUCUUCACUGAGACUUGAGCUUGGCACUUUCUUCAUUGCAGACACAGCUCCUGCAGCAGAUGAAGACUCCUCUUCACCAGACACAGCAUCAGUCUCAGCAGAAGAGGACAUGCCCUCAGCUACAACUCCCAUGACAGAUGAAGUGUCUUCUUCACCAGCCACAGAUCUGAUGUCCACAAAAAUGACGCCGUCGCCAGAGCCCCCCCUGCGCCUGGUGGGCGGGCGCCGACCGUGCGAGGGCCGCGUGGAGGUGCGGCGCGGGGACGCGUGGGGCACCGUGUGCGACGACCACUGGAGCCUGUCGGCCGCUCGCGUCGUGUGCCGCCUGCUGGGCUGCGGGCAAGCGCUGGGCGCCCCGGGACGGGCCCGCUUCGGGCGGGGCGCUGGGCCCAUCCUGCUGGACGACGUGCGCUGCACCGGCUCCGAGGACGCCCUGGGCCACUGCGCCCACGCCGGCUGGGCGCGGCACAACUGCAGGCACGACGAGGAUGCGGGCGCGGUCUGCGCAGGUCCAGCGGACUCUGCGGUACCCAAGGACAACGCCCAGCUCUCCUGCCUGCCCCAUCUCUUCCAAGUCGUUGUUGACCGCGGCUACCUCCGGAGGCUGGGCUACUCCUCCUGGGACAUGCACCUGAAUGAUGAGAUGUGCCGCCCCCAAGUCACAGGGCGUUACCUGAUCUUCAACAUCCCCUAUGGCGGCUGUGGCACUAUCAGACAGGAGCACCUUGGCUCCCUCAGCUACUCCAACUCCAUCAGAGGCCGCAUCCGUGGCCGCCCUGGCCGGGUCAUCGUGCGUCACAGGGUUCCCCAGCUGAAGUUUACCUGCAAGGUGGACGGGGCUGACAUGCCCAGCGACGGAGCCCACUAUGACGUGUCCAUAUCAUUCCUGGAGCUGCCCAUGGACCCGUAUGUGGGAAGCAAGGGGUUGUCAUCCACCGUCCAGAGGAAGGAGGUCUUCCUUCAGGCUACACUACACAGCUCAGACCCCAGUCUGACAAUUUCAGUAGACACCUGCGUGGCUUCUCCAGACCCCCAGGAUUUUACAACCACCAAGUACCACUUGAUCCAGCAAGGGUGCAUCAAAGACAACACCUACGUCAACCUCCACUCCAACCAGAAGAACACAGCCCAGUUCAAGUUCAAUGCAUUCAGCUUUCUCGACAGCUACGAUGUGGUUUAUGUGCAAUGUAAGAUCGCUGUGUGCAAAGUAGGGGACCAUUCCUCUCGCUGUUCCCAGGGCUGUGCAAGACGGAGUAAGAGGGGUUCAGGCCCCAUGGAGGACACAGAUGAAAAGACUAAGCAUUUCCAAACGGUGGGGCUGCUGGAAGUCAACAAGAGAACUGGUCAGAGCAAGAUUUCCCUAGGUUUCACAUGAAUCUGUCAGCAUUUAGGAGCAGUGUCUAUUUUCCUUCCAUAAAGUAGUGAGUUUGGAUAAAUCAGAAAUUGUCCUUCUAGAAAUAGGUAGAAGAAAUGGCUAGAGAGGUUCUUUAAGGUUUGUUGCUAGAUAAAACUUCACUGAUUACUAACUUUCUAAGGCAUUUGGCUCUUUGCAAGAUAGAAAUGUUGCCUUUUCUAAUUCUCCACUGUCCACAUCAUCUUAAAAUAUGCAAAACAUUAUAAAGGACAGCACCCUCUUGGAUACCAUCACGUCAAUUUAAAGAUUUCUUGAUUGACUCGAUGUUUAGAUGCUAACAGAUGAAUAUUUUUUGUGUCUGUCCUUCUGGUUUUGUGUGAAUUUGUUUUCAGAUCUUAACAAGAAAAUCUUGUGCAAAAAUAAA